GGUUCUAAAGACGUUUUGUGACAAAAUGUUUAGUGGUGGUAUUUCUCUGACGCAAACGAAGGGUUUACUCUGACACAAACAUGUCCGAUCAGCUUUCGAUUUUACUAUCUACACCACUUUUUGCUUUUAUUUCUCCGUCGUUUUGUAAUGGCAGAAGCUUAUAGUGGUCUCAGACGAAGAAGAAAACGAACUCAUCCGAGCAAAUGUCCAUGUUGUAUCUCAGACGAUGUCGAACCGGAAAGUGAAGGAAGCGCCGGUAUUGAGGAACUCCAUGAUGCUAACAGUAAAAAAGAUGUUGGUCAUAAACAAAACAAAAGACGAAAAAUUGUGAAAAAGAAGGAUGAUGAUUAUAAAAGUGACAGUGAGGUUUCUGAUCAUGCUGCAGUUACAGGAAAAGAGAAGAAAACAAAAUUAAAGACUACAAAAUUAAGAAGCAGUUGUAAUUCAUCUCCAGUAAAUGAGAAAGAAACAAAUAAAGAUGCUAAAAACCUUGGAAAGAAUGCAGGCAAAUCAUGGAAUAAAAAUGAAAAUGACAAUAACAAAAACAAAGCAACAAAAAAUAAUAAUGGCAAGAAAGGAAGUGGGAAAAACAGUAUCUCAUUGAAAAAAUCCACUUCUGAAGAUGUUAGUGACGAGGACAUUAGCUUGUCAUCUUUAAAAGCUGCUCGGAGUAAGAAAAAAGGAAGUACAAGUACGGAGUCAGAAAUGUCUGGGAAAAAGAAGAAAUCCAAGGAAAAUACAAAAGAGUCUAAUAAAAAGAAAUCUGUUGAUAUAAAAAACAAAAAGAGCAAAAUCCAAGAAAAAAAUGAACUUGAGUCAAAUACUCCGAAAAAUGAAAAUACAAAGACUGAAAAUGGGAAUGGGAGACAAGCAGGAAAUAAGAAUGCUUCUAAAGGAAGAUUGAAAAAAACAUCRCCUAAUGCUGUUCAAACUUCCAAAAGUACAGUGACAGGUAAUAGUUCGUCUAAAGAAGUAAUACAACCAAAAAAAAGCAAGGUUAAGAAUAUUGUAUUAUCAAGUAAAGUUUCUCAAAUAACUCAAGUUAAGAGUGUUGUCUUUGAUCAUCUGUUUGAGGAAUUGAAAUCCUGUUUAGAAAAUAACAACCUUUCUGUAAAAGAAGCUGGAGAUAUGUUGAUGAAGAUUUCAGCUGAGGAUUUGCAUUUGGCCUUAAGAUCUGCUSGACUAGGUGACAGCUUAAAGCAAGACAGAUCUUCUAAAAGUCAAAAUACUGGUUUUGCAGGACGUGAAAGGAAAGCUAUUUCAGAUAAUGAAGAAAUAGUUUCUCAGGCAGCAGAAGCUCUCGUAAGCUUUAGAAGUAAGUCUCCAUUAUCAAAAGAAAAAGAAAACAAAGCAGAAAAUAAUACUCUAAACCCUGUCACCAGUGAAGUUGUCACCAAGGCUUCCACUGCUGCACAUUUAGAGCAGAGCUUUGGUAAAAGUCAGAAACUGAAUCCCCAUGUGAUGACAACCGCUGGUCUUAAGUCAACACAAUCUGUACAAGCACUUAUGCAGAUCCAGACGUCGUCAGGACAUUCACCACAUAUGUUUCAAACCCAUAUGACAUCUUCUCCGUCCCACAAUCUAGUACAAGGACAAGGAUAUUUGGCUGUGAGCUUACCUCAGCAAUUUCCUCAACAUUCUUCAGCUGGUAUUAACACAUCCUUUUCAAAUAUGAUGUCAAUGGUGGCUUCUCAUGGGGCACUGCCUAGUUUUAGUCAGAUUGCCGCUCAGCUCAGACCUCCAUCAAUGCAGGUUGGUGUGCAGCCUACAAUACUUAGUGCUGGUGCUACAAACCAAAGCGUUCCAACAUCUGUGAUGCUGCCAAGCCCAAACCUUAUGCAGCCUCAGUUACAGCCAAGUGUCCCAAUUCAAAAUCAUGCCAGCACRAAUAAACUCCAGGCCCUUGCAGCAAUAAAAAACACAGGAACCCCAAUAGAAGCACCUGGAAAUAAAGGAGCUCCAAAUCAGAAGCAGAUUCUUCCUCAACAGCCAUUGAAAGGAAUGGAGGAAGUAGUCGGUAAUGUAGGGAAUGUUGGAACUAAUGUUCCUCCCAUUGUCUGGAGCUUAAAGUCUCCAGUGGUCUUUUUGGGGAGUCCUCAGAACCUUGGUGGAGUUCCAAGGAAUCUGAUGGCAACAUCGGCUAACCAAGGAGUCAACGUCAACCCCAAUAAGGAUCAAUCUGGUUACCCACCUGUCGCACCGAGACYUGGAUCCAGUUUAGAUGGCACAAGAAUAAACCCUGGAACAGUCAGCUCUGUACCUGCUGCCAAUGUCCUGACCUUAGGUGGAAGGCCUAUUCUACCUCGGACGCAGCUUAGGAGUGCAGAAGAUGCCAGUAAUAAAAGACCUCAACCUAUUUCGGCUCAGACAGGUUUGGCUUUUGUUACCCAGCAGACAUCUCUUGGGUCACCUGGUAUGUUCCCUGUGCAGUCUACAACACCCUCAGUUUUGGAUCAAGGAGCCUUGACCCAAGUAUCUUCUGCCUUAAACUCUACAAGAACAGGUCUAGUUGCUGUGAGUCUGCCGGCAACUUCUCUACAAAUAAAUACCACGAUUGGGAACCUGACCAGCCAAAAUGUACAUGAGUGUGCUGGGGGUGAUUGUUCCUYGCCAACUUCAGUUGCAGCAAAGCAAGCGGUAAAGAAGUUAGUGCAUGAGAGGACAAAGACAGCAGAGCUUAAAAGAGAAGCAAGUGCUUCAGGAGGAUCAUCAGCUAAACUCAAAACAAUUCUACCCUCGCCACCAAAACCUCCUGAAACAGCAACAACAACAUCAUCCACCUCACCUUCCUCAAGUGAACAUCCUGACUCCGCAUCAAAAAACAGUGAAUUCAACCUUGAACAAGCUGCCACUGCUCUCCUUAGUAUUGGGGUUCCUGAUGGUAGUGAUAUGCUUAAGUCAAGCUCAACUGAUUCUCUGAAAGAAGAUCCUGAUGAGGAUGUGGUGUUYACUAGCAAAGGGAUGUUUAGGGUUGGCGAUGUGGAUGUAGACCCUCAUUAUAACAGGAUCGGAAGAGAGGGCUAUACGUGUGGCAAAUGCAACAARAUCUUCACUUCCCUAAGCUACCUUGCUCGUCACAUCAAGAGAGUCUGUCCCGACAUGAGCUGUCGUAAGUGGAAGUGUUCCAUGUGCGACAAGGCCUUCAGACACCCAUUUGGUCUUCAACAGCAUGUAUACACACAUACAGGAGAGCGUCCUCACAAGUGUCCAAUAUGCCCCAAGGCCUUCUAUAGCUCGAAUGACCUUAGACGUCACAGUCGAAUACAUUCAGGUGAACGCCCUUACGCCUGUAAACACUGUGACAAAAGGUUUGCAACUACCAUCUCACUCAAGACCCAUACCUACAUCCACACAGGGGAAAAGCCCCACAAAUGCCCGCAAUGUCCGAAGACUUUUGCCACGUCAAGUAAAUUGGGCAGACAUAUCGUAACACACUCUGAGCAAAGACCCUACUCCUGUGAUCAGUGUCCAAAGUCAUUCAACAGAUCAGGUGAUUUACGGCGACACAAUAUGGCCGUCCAUGAAGGCAAAGAGAAGUCGUUUGAAUGUGAAGUUUGCUCCAUGAGCUUCACAAAAUCUGCUGACCUUCGCCGUCAUUCUACGACUCACAAUACUCGUCCUCCGAAAACGAUGGAAUGCGCGGAUUGUGGAACCCAGUUUUCAACUCCGAUUUGCCUGAAAAUGCACCGGGAGACCUACCACAAAACCCCCACAACGACUACAACCACCUCAACAGACACAGAAAAACCUAGUACCUGUGAUAUCUGCGGUAAGACCUACAGCUCACUCGCGCUGCUUGCCAAACACAAAGCAGUUCACGAGCCGACCUCUACAGCUGGCUAUGAUGCGAGUCAGUUCCAGCACAUCGCACCCAAACCCGUAGAACAGAAUAGUGAUCCCCCCUCAGGGUAAAGCUUACCGAGACCACAGGGAGCCCAAGCUCGGUCUUUGUGUCCGCAUACAUAACAGCAAAUUUUACGUGAUUGAUAUAUCUUAUCUUCUUAUUUUUUUACUCGCUAUUCUCGUAUGAAAAGGCUCCGAUUGCCUAAAACUCGGCUAUAGUAAAACACAAGAAGCAAAACAAAGAUAUACGGAAAUAUUCUUAAUUUUUCCAAAAAAAUAUUUGGGGGAAAAAACUGUUAUUUAUCAAUCACUGUAAUGUACUGUCAAAAAAAAUCGAGCUCUUGAUUCCCUGUGGUAAGACGUCUCGGUUUCUGGCUUCUUGCAGCAGUUCAUUGGUUCUAGUCAUAUUAUUUUGAUUUAUGUGGGCCAAAAAGAGAAAGAGAAAAGUUGAAAUCAAGAUUGUGCUCUUCCUCAGGGUAAUCCAGUCUUACAAGAUACUUGGGUGGGUUUCCUGUGGUAAUAGAAGGGUGAAGCUACGAUCGCUGACACCCUUGUGUUAUUUCUUCUUCCACUUCCUCCAUUUUAUAUAAGAAAAUUAAUGAUUUUGGUUCAUUAAUUUAUCGCAUUUUUCCCAAGUUCAUUAUUAAGACACUCACUUCUUCCAUUUAAGUAGUUAUUUAGUUGUGCAUGGAGUUCAAGUAAUAUUUGUUACAGUUUGAGAAAUAAGCUGCAUUUGAAAAUUUAGUUCAACUGGUCUCGGAAUCAUUCAACGUUUAGAAGGUCAGUCUUAGAAAAGUGUACAUAACGAGUACUUGGUUUUCCUUCGUUUUCAACGAAUUUCUCUCUCAGAAACUUGAACCAUUUUGGGACACAAAUUACACUUCCGCCUUCUUGCUCCAUAUUACUACCACUAACAAAAUGCUCCGCGAAUUUUCUUUCUUACUUAAAUUUGUAUUUCCUAAUAAGAAAAGUAAAACAAUUGGUGCUAAUUAACUGAACAAAAGAAAGUGUGCAAGGGAGUCUGGUAGUGGUAGUAAGAUUUGGGAAGGAGGAUGAGGGAAAGCUUAUUUAGAAGGGAGGGGAGGGUUAGGAGUGUGAGAUGUAAUGUUUCUGGAGCAACAAAAAGGAAGAUUUGAGCACUGAUUUGGGAACUUUGGAAGGGUUGGGAUAAUAAAACUAAAGAUAGUGGGCUGCAGAUACUUUUUAUUAUCUUUUCUGUCCUUUACGGCCACAAUAAAUUAUCCAAGAGACGUUCUCGUUCUCAGAGCUUGCGCUCCUUUUGUUGGUCCAACAYCAAAAGAAUUGUCUUUAGUAAUAUUGGUUCCAGUCCUUUCGUUUUCUUACGAUUGCUAAUGAGAAAGUUGAUUGGGACAAAGGGGAAAAUUGCAUUUCUUUGAGCAUGCGCAGUAUGACAGGUCUCUGGGUUAGAUAGUGGGUCAUAGUGCGCAUGCUCUUUUUUUGGCGGAGGGUAUCGCAGACUCAGCAUUCCUUGGCUUUUUUUCAUAAAACUAGAAAAGAAGUCAACGGAUUUAAGAGGUUGAAAAAAUUAUUCUUUAUAGGAUUUUAUAAGUCAAAUGUAGUUUGUUUGUUAUUCCGGUAAGUGUAAAAAGUCUUUUGUAGAUAAAUAACGAAUUGAUAACAAUAGGUUAUUCUUUUUGUAGAAUAUCAGAUAAUUAAUGAAUAAGUAUAAAAAAUUAAGAUAAAAUUUAAGAUAAACUUAUAGAAAUUCAUUCCAGAGAUGUACUGCUUACAAAAAUAAAAAUAAGUCGUACUUCUAUUAAUUGUAUCUGUAUUUUAAAAGGUGAACUCGGCGUGAGGUGAAUAAAAGUCUCCGAGAACUCAAGGAUACAAAAAA